UUGUUUACCAAUGCAGCAGCAUCACCGUAUGUCCAUCAUUGUUCAAGCGUCCGAAGGGGAAGGGGAAAAAAACAAUCAAUGACGGCGGCCAUUUUAUUGUGGUCCGUAUAAUAUUGAUAUUCGUAAUCCUUUACAGAUUUCAGAGCGGAAUCCCCGGAGGAGAGGAUGAUGUUACUGGGGAGGAAGACAACUGAGCUGUGAGGAACACAAGUCUUUAUUGGAGGUUGCUGAGGAUGGACAAUGCCAGGAGUCACACGACUGAGAGGAUAGUAAAUCUCACCUUGGAGAUCAUCUACCUGCUGACUGGAGAGGAUUACACAGCAGUGAAGAAGACAUCCAGUGAGUGUGAGACACCUAGUAGCCGUUCCCAUGUAUCAGGACUAUUGACCAGGACCCAGAGCCCCAUCACUGAGCCUCCACCUCACUCACUGAUACAUGAGAGAGACAAUGAGCAGAAGAUCCUGGAACUCACCAACAAGAUCAUUCAGUUGCUGACUGGAGAGGUUCCUAUAAGGUGUCAGGAUGUCACUGUCAAUUUCUCCAUGGAGGAGUGGGAGUAUAUAGAGGGGCACAAGGAUAUGUACAAGGAUGUGAUGAUGGAGAAUCACCUGACCCACGCAUCACUGGAUGGACCCAGUAACAGAGAUUCCCCAGAGAGAUGUCCCCAUCCUCUUUAUUCACAGGACUGUACAGAGGAGAAUCACAGUAUCCACCAGGAGGAUCAGGGUGAAGGUAUGGCUGAUAAUAAGAUAGAACAUGUGGUUGGAGAAGAAGAGACGUAUGUGAGGGGUGAUCAUCAGUGUAAUGAGGACAAAACCAAAACCGAUAUCAGCACAGUAGAUGGGAGCACAAGCAGGAAUACCUCGGAGGGAGAACUCAUUGUGUCUCCAGAUCUUAAAAUUCAAGACAAGAACAUCAGACAAGAUUCUCCUGGAGAAACCCCCAUUAUCGUAACUGUAAACCUAGCCAAUCCCAGUACAGAUAUCUUAUCUGGUCCCUCUAAUCAUGAGGAAUGUUCUCCUGAUAAUUCAGAUCUUGCUAUACAAAGUACAGCUCAGAAAGGUGAUACAGUAUUAUCUUGUUCUGAAUCUGAUAAAAGUUCUAUACGUCAGUCCGUUGUUGUCGGGCAUAAAAAAACUCACACAGGUAAAAAGCCAUUUUCAUGUUCUGAAUGUGGGAAAUGUUUUAUACAUAAAUCAUAUUUUGUUAGACAUCAGAGAGCUCACACAGGUGAGAACCUUUUUUCAUGCACUGAGUGUGGGAAAUGUUUUACAAAGAAGACCAGUCUUCUUACACAUGAGAGACUUCACACAGGUGAGAAACCAUUUUCAUGUUCUGACUGUGGGAAAUGUUUUACACAUAAAUCAUGUCUUGUGGCACAUCAAAGGUCACACACAGGGGAGGGACUGUUUAAAUGUUCUGAGUGUGGGAAAUGUUUUACAUAUAAAUCCCAUCUUGUUACACAUCAGAGAGCUCACACAGGUGAGAACCUUUUUUCAUGCUCUGAGUGUGGAAAAUCUUUCAUACAGAAAUCCCACCUUGUUGUACAUCAGAGAUCUCACACAGGUGAAAAGCCAUAUACAUGCUCUGAGUGUGGGAAAUGUUAUAUACAGAAAUCCAGUCUUGUUUCACAUAAGAGAGUUCACACAGGUGAGAAACCAUUUACAUGCUUUGAGUGUGGAAAAUGUUUUGCAUAUAAAACAUAUCUUGUUGCACAUGAGAGAAGUCACACAGGCGAGAAACCAUUUACAUGCUCUGAGUGUGGGAAAAGUUUUAGUCAGAAACCCCAUCUUGAUGAACAUGCAAGAUGGCACACAGGUGAGAAACCCUAUACAUGCUCUAAAUGUGGGAAAAGUUUUAGUCAGAAACGCUAUCUUGCUAAACAUGAAAGAUGUCACACAGGUGAGAAACCAUUUACAUGCUCUGAGUGUGGGAAAAGUUUUAGUCAGAAACGCCAUCUUGAUGAACAUGCGAGAUGGCACACAGGUGAGAAACCCUAUACAUGCUCUAAAUGUGGGAAAAGUUUUAGUCAGAAACGCUAUCUUGCUAAACAUGAAAGAUGUCACACAGGUGAGAAACCAUUUACAUGCUCUGAGUGUGGGAAAAGUUUUAGUCAGAAACGCCAUCUUGAUGAACAUGUGAGAUGGCACACAGGUGAGAAACCUUAUACAUGCUCUAAAUGUGGGAAAAGUUUUAGUCAGAAACGCUAUCUUGCUAAACAUGAAAGAUGUCACACUGGUGAGAAAGCAUUUACAUGCUCUGAAUGUGGGAAGUGUUUUAGAAACAAAUCACAUUUUCAUAAACAUCAGAAAAGUCACACAGGAGAAAUACAUUGUCAAUGAACUGAUAUACAUGAAACAGGGUAGUAUCAAUACUGAUUAUUAAUUACUAGUUACCAGCUUGUCAAAAUGACAGAACAUUGUCGCGGCUGCAAAAAGUCCCAUAUCUAUUCGCCUGCAUCUACCUCUAUUACUGAAAGCACCUAAGCAAGUUGUACCCUAUUAUGUGAGUGCCGGUUCGACACCCCCUCUCUCUCUCUCUCUCAAUAUAUAUAUAAAAGCAGGCAUGUAUACAUUUACAGAGUGUAUACGCUAAGGUAUAUUGACAUCACUGAGUUAUUGAGGGCUGUUAAAAGCUCCUUUGCUAGAUUUACUUAAAUGUAGAACCCAGAUGGUUUUUAUAUUUCUCUUUAUUGCAGUUUUAAGAGAAUCAGCCGCUUGUAAAAGCAGCAUCUUAUACCCCUUUUCCACCUGUAGCACGGGACGCAGCCGGGAGCCUUGACACGGCUGCGACCCGUGCUACAGCCCCCUUUCCCACAACACUCACCAGCCCGGCAUAUUGCCGGGUUGGUGACGCUGC